AUGCAGGAGAGCGCUUCACUCUGCUCCCUGUCUCACUUUCUGGCGGCCUCUCCUCCUUCGUCUUCCUUUUUGUCUGCAUCUUCGCUUUCCUUCUCCUCGUCUUCUUCGCGGGAAUUGUCGUGGCCGCCUUCCGCGUACAUCGCGCCCUCUCUUCGAUCUGUUUUCCUCGCUUUUUACGCGUCGCCGCUUGCCUCGCUGGAGGUUGCCUCGCGGCGGUCUUCGCCUCAUCACCGCGUGAAGCCUGCUUCUUUCGGCUCUCCGCACACCGUGAGAUCGCGCGCUCUCUUCGCCCACCCGCUGCUUGGCUGCCAUCCUCUGCCUCAGGAUGCAGGCGAUGGCGACCCAGAAGACGAGGGCGAGGGCGCCGCGGACUCUUCGCAGUUUUUGCAGUCGCUUCGGCGCGCGGCGAUGACGAUGGCGGUGGAGCGCGACAGGCAGGAACGCCAGGGCGAGCGGCUGAUCGCGGCGAUGACGGCACACGAGCGCGAGGAGCAGAGAGAGCGCGAGCGCCGACGACAGGAGCAGCGCCGUCGCAUGUUCGCAGGCGACAGUCCCUUGACGCUGGAAGCCCUUCGGAGAGACAAGGAGCUCGGCUACGCCCUCGACGAGCUGGUCCGGCGCAAGCGGCGCGAAAAACAGAAAAACAAGCUCCUCGCGCUGCCUUUCAAACAGCGCUUUCCGCUGCGUCUUCUGCGCGUCGGCUCCGAGCUCUACGGGCGCGUCAAGAAGAUUCUCCCCUUCGGCUGCCGCCUGGACGUCGGGUGUUUAGACACUGCAGCGCUCCUCCACGUGCGCGACAUGGCAGACAUCACCGAGGCGAAGCGCGCGGGCGAGCGGUUUGCGCAAGCGUUCUCCGGCGAGGACGACGCGCGCGCAGACCUUCCGCAGGCGCGCUCGGCGUCAAGAGGCGCCAAGAUGAGUCAAGCGGGGUUUUCGCAGGACGACCAAGUCAUCCUCGCGCAGCACUGGAUUCAGAAUCCGGGGACGAUUCUCCGUGAAGGCGAGCUCGUGCGCGUGUUUGUGAAGCACGUCGAUCCAGUGCGGAACGUCCUGGCUGUCACCACGCGUCCGCCGUCGUCGCCCUCUGCCUCUUCGCUCUCGGCGGCUGCAGCCGCGUCGUCGCCGUCGAGCUACCGCGGGGACCUGACUGCGGAGGAGAUCGGCGAGCGCGAGGCGGCGCGUCCGGCGCGACGCGCAGGGUUUGGAGACUUCUUCGUCGGACAAGAAGUCGAGGGGCGGGUGACGCGCGUGACCUAUAUGGGUAUCUUCGUCGACAUCAACGGGGAGCAGGACGCGUUUAUCCACUUCUACGAGCUGCAUCGGCGGCGCAUGCAUAGGCUGAGCAACGCAGAUAAGCAGAAACUGGACGCGGCGCGCAGACAAUACGACCCCGUGGCGCUCGAGGUGCUGCGCGCCGCGGAGCGCGUCGUGACUGACGAGGCGGCAGAGGCCGAGAGACGCCGGGAGCGGAAGCGCGAAGAAGAAAAAUAUGGAUGCAAGGUGCUGGGCGGAUAUAGCCGCCUCGCCGCGCUGCGCGAGAUGUUCAACGAGGCCAAGGACCCCGAAGACGCAGGCGGCGGGGCGGAGGCUGAGCACCGGAAGCAACUCCGAGAGCGCAGCCGCGAGCGAGAAAUCCGCGAACGAAAGUGGCUCUACGAUGUCGGCGACUGGGUCACAGACCUGCGCGUCGCCAGCGUCGACGCAUCGAGAAAACGCAUCCAGCUGAGUCGGCGGCCUGCGUCUGAGCUGCUCACGCGCUGGCGCGCGAAGCUGAGAGACGAGCAGAGAGGGAACAUGCUCACGCCGCAGCAGCGCGAAGGCCUCGAGAAGGAGGAGGCGGAAGAAGAGAACGAAGCGGUGAAGGCGCUGCGGCAGCAGAGAGAGGAGGAACUCGCGCUCAAGGUGUACAGACAGUACAAGAAAAAGAUGCAGGCCCUCGCCCGCGAGGGCGCGGGCGAGAGCGAGCCCCUGCAGCAGCAUUUUGGCUCUUCUUCAGGCCUGAAAGAAGAAGGCGAGAGGAGGGAGGAGGCUGGACGGCCGCGAACGAGCGGAGAGGCUGUGGGAGGGGGACAGGAAGGAAACAGAGCGGCGCGCGAAGACGAGCCGCUCGAUCCCCUCGCGAAGAAGAAAGCUGACCAAAUGAAGCGGUUUCGCAACUUCGGCAUUGGCGUGUUUGAGGAGAAACGCGACGAACAGGAAGUCCGCGAAGCACUCGACUACCUGCAGAGAUGGCGGGCGGGAUACGCACACAGACGGUUGCAGGAGGAAGCUUACAAAGAGAAAAGAAGACUACAGAGACUGCAGCGCAAGGCCCCCGACGAAAUGUCGGUUCACGACGCGUGGCGCCUCGCGGCGACCAUCAAGGAAGAAGUGGAGCUGAAAGAUUUGGUAGCCGACGCCAAGGCGCACGCGCGCAUGUCAGGUGUAAGUACGCUGCAGAUCCCCGACUUCUCGGGGCGCUACCCGAAGGUGAAGGAAAUCGAGCCUGAGGAACUGGAGGCGUUUUAUCCCGGAGUUGUUUCCUCCGAAGCGGAGAGUGAGGCCUCGCAGGGUGAGCCGGUCGGCGACGCGGAAGCAAAGCAAGAGACCGAGGCGAAGAAUGACGGCGGAGAAGGCGGAGGCCGCGACGGCGCCGCCAGACCCGAAGGCCCAGAAGCGACAGAAGUCGAAUCCGCCAGCUGCAGCGGAGUGGAGCGGGAGGGGGCGCAAGCUGCGCAAGAGGGGGAAGUGUGGGAGCGCCUCGAAGAGGGCACAAGCAACGAGAAGGGUCGGAGGAGGCCCCCGGAGACAGGCGAAGCAGUAGAAGACUCGCGGCGAGCAGCGGCCCGCGAGGAGACGCCGGCGCGCACAUCGGUCAGCGAAGGGAGCAAGUGGAGCGCCGAGGAGGCGGCGCAGGAGGCAGAGAGGAUAAGGGACGUUUACGAGGGCGACUUUUUUGGCCGCGCGUUCGAGAAGAUGAAGCUGCGAACCGAGCGAGAGCUGCAGGCGCGCGCGACGCAACCGCGGGUAUCGCCUCCCGCGAGAGAGGGGGGAGAAGAAGAGCCAGACGCUCACGAGGAAGACACACCUGCCGGCAUCGCGCCCUGCACGCCCACUUCGCUGCAUGACGAAACAGCGUCGAUUCGCGCAGAAGAUGAGGAAGGGGAGUCAGCCCGCUCUCUCGGUCCGGCGGCUGAGGAAGCGGAGACGCCCGAAAGAGCAGCGGAAGGAGACAAGGAGAGGGAUGCGCAGGACAAGCGCAGCGACGCGGAAGCGAGACAAAAGGCGGAGAUUCAGACGAAGAAAGAUAUGAGAAGGGAGGAAACAGACCUUCAAGGGGACAAGCCUCUGCCUGUUCCUCCUUCUCCAGAUGAGUUCGUGAACGUCGGGAAGAGUUCAGCGCUUCGCGUUCUCCGCGAUCUCGCUCUGGCGACGAGCCGGUCGACGGGAGCGUCUUCGGGGUCUGGGGAGAAGAAGAAGCGGAAGAAAGACGUUGAUUUCACGGAAGAGGAGCGCCAGUCGGUGCUCAGGGACCUGCGCAUGCACGCGCUCGAGGCCGUCAAACAAAUACAGAAAAAACCAGAGAAAAAGGUCAAGGGCGGGAAGAACAGUAGGGCUAAGCAGGAGGCCUGGGCCGCCCAGGCUGUCCUCGAGGCAGAGGAGGAGGCAGAAGAGUGGAGAGAAAAAGUGAAAGCAGGCUACCGAGACGAGACGGACGACGCGUUCGACGAAGUCCUGAGCGCGUUGGGCAUCGAAGACUUGACGCAGGAAGUCCUCGAAGAGGCUCGCCAGCGGCAGAUUCUGCGCAAACUCCAGGCCGACCGCACCGACCUGGCUGGCGACGUGAAGAAGAUCCUCCACGCACUCGUUUCUCAAAAGGACAGAGAGGAGGUCCGCGCAUUUGAAGAGGCCGCAGGCGAAGUGGUGACGUCUGAGGCUGACUGGGAGCGGAAGGCAUCCGCGGCCCAGAGACUUCUCUUUGAGGGCACUGAGGUGUCGUGGAAGAAGGAGAUUGAACAGGAGUUCGGCGAGCCCGACGUCAUGGACGAUGCAGACAAGAAGAUCCAAGCGACGCUGCUGCAGCACGCCGAGCAAGCCGAGCGAAAGUCGCGGAAACAAGAGAGGAAGGCGGUGCGAGCUGCGCGACGUGCGCACGAGCGAGACGCGCAGGCGAAAGCGCUCGCUGCGGCAGCCGCUGAGGAAGGAGAUGCCGCGGACGGGCGUGCCGGCGCCGAGGCGGACGAGGCGGGAGACGCGGGGAGAGGCAAGAGGCUCGAGGGAGACGGACAGGCGAGCGAAGAAGACGACGAGGAGAGGAUGCUGUUGGAUCUCCUCACUGAAGCCGACGAUGAAGGCUUCAUAGGGGCAGACGAGGCUGAGGCUGCCGCCUACGCAGACCGACAGCGGCGCGCUUGGUGGGAACACGAAGAGCCGGUCUUCGAGGGCGUCCCAACUGACGAGAGGGUCACGGACGCCUCAGAGCACGCUGGAGAAAAGGUGCCAGCAGCGCCCUCCAGUCUAGCACGGCAGAGACAAAGCGGAGACGACAACGAAGACGACGGCGAAGGCGACGACGAACACGGCGAGGGGCUUGGAGAAGAGGCUGGUGGCCGUGCGGCGUCGAAGCGUCUGGCGAAGCGAAAGCGCCGAAAGAUGGCUGAAAGCGACUUCGAUGAAGACGCUCUCCUCAGCGAGAUCCAGCAGGACCUCAGAGAUCUUCUCGCAGCCGAAGACGGAGGCGAGGAACGCGAGCGCGGAGGAUAUCAACACGCCGAUGGAGAAGCCGGCGAGGACAUGGGCACCGCUCGCAAAACGCCGUUAAACGGCGCUCCCCCGGCAUUGUCUCUUUGGGAUUCUCUCCCGUCCCUGCCCGAGUCUUCUGCUGCUGAGUCUUCUCCGCUGCCGCCAGACGUUCGCGCGGCGACCGCUCGCGCCCGACACGCGGCGGCGGCCCUGGCGACACAGCCGAGCUCGAGUUCGUCUGCUUUCGCCCCUUCGCCUGUUUCUUCUCCCGCGUCGGCGGCCUCCGCGUGUCUUCGCUUUUCGCUUCUCCUGGCGGAAAAGGAGGCGCACGGGCGAGCCGGCGCAGAGGAGCUGCCGGCGGAAGAGGCAGACGAGCGAGGAGCUUCGAGCGAUGUGAGCGACGCGCCUCAUUCGGCGUCAGAACGGGAGCCACCUUCUCUCUCCUCAGCCUUGGAGUCAUCGUGCGCCGCUUCGUCUCCUCGCGCUGCCCCGCGGGCGCCCGACGCGACUGAGUCGUCGCAUGAUGCAGGACGAGAGUCUGCUGCGAGGUCUGGCGGCCCCCCGCCAGCGUGUCGAGGAGAAGUUUUCAAAUGCGACGACGAAGGCCGCGAGAGCGGCGAGAAGUGCGCGUCCUGUGAGCCGCCGAGGCCAGCGGAGGAGAGAGCCAAGUGUGAAGGGGCUGAGGCACACAGAGAGACACUGCCCACAAAAACCUGGCAGCGGAACCUGAGCGCUCGCGCUCGUCUCUUGCUUCCUUCUUCUUCAACCGAUCCGUCGCCUUCUUCCUCUUCGUCUUCCUCUCCUUCUUCAUCUCCAUCUUUGUCUUCGCGCCCUCCCCUGCAGAAGGCAACGACGCCGCGGCCCCCCUCCGGCUCCGCGCGUCUGUCAUCGCGUCCCGCUCUCGUGGCAGUAGGCCCUUCCUCCUCUGCUUCUCCUCUCGUCUCUGCGCGGUCGCGAGAAGAUCAGCUUGUGCGCGACGCCGUGCUUUCGCUGGCCCUGCGACGCCGGGAAGAAAAGGACAAGAAGCACGCCGAGAGAGAUGCGAAGAGCAGGAACACGCAGACUGCUGCAGAGGGCGGUGGCGGCGAGGAUGGAGGCGACAAGGAGGAAGGCCCGAAGGGGUCGCGGCCACUAUGCGAACUAUUGGAGGAAGAGCGAGAGAGAAAGGAGCGAGAAAGAGAGCAAGCAGAACAUCAGGCGCGCCAGGCCGCGAAACGGGAGGCUGCGUAUGGGCUCCGCCUGCCGCAGCGCCCUGUACGUACGCUGGAACAGCUGAAAAGCCUGCAGCGCAAACAACAGAAAGAGGCAGAUGACAAGGAACAACAAGAUCGAGCGAGAGAGAAGAAAGAAGCGCUCAAAGAAGAACGGCGAAGGCAACAAAAGGAGAAGGCCGCUAGGCUCAAGCAGAAAGACGAUGCACAUGACGCAGACGACACUCUGUACGCAGAGGAUACGCGCAGACAGAGUCCACAUCGGAUUAUAUUAGAGGCCGCUCGUAGAAGCCAUGAGAAGGGCGUUUUUGAGCAUCUACUCGGGACGCUUCAUUCUGAUGACGCGCACGCGAAGAACAGAGAAAAACGGGUGUUGCAGCACGCGGGCGAACUGCACGACCUCGGGAGCGAAAACGAAUGCAAGAGCCGCGAUUGA